AAGAAUGAUGACAUCAAAACCUGAAUGAGUCACAUGCUGAUUGUCAUCAUAGUUCAUCAUGUUUGGGACACACCCCACGCGGAAGUUGGAGGUGGUCUUUUUUUCUUCUCUGUCCCAGCUAAAAUUACAACUUCGCCUCGUAUGUUCUUGGGAAGCGACUCAUCAUGCCGGGCACCGUAAAGAGCCUCACAGUCAACUAUAACCCCGCCGCUAAUGAGCAAAACACUUUUACCAAUGGCGACAUUGUUUCGGGUGAAGUCACGCUGCAAGUGGCCAAAGACUGUAAAAUAGACUCUCUAUUAAUUCAAUUCAAGGGGAAAGCAAAUGUAGAGUGGACCGAGCGUCACGGUCAAAUUACUGUUGUUUACCACGCCAAGGACAAGUACUUCAGCAUCAAACAUUACUUCGUUGGGGACAAAGAUAACGGAGAUGACGAAACGCUGAAUAACCAGAUUGGAAAAACAUACAGCAAUGUUGCUGCCCCAGGAUGCCAUGUUUACCCAUUCACCUUUCAGAUCCCAUUCCAGGAUAUGCCCUCCACCUUCAAAGGCUCCGUUGGUAAAAUCGUGUACUCGCUGAAAACCAAGCUGAGCAGAUCAAUGAGGAUUCCCGACAUAGAUUCAACUGACAUCAACUUUGUGACAGCAGACAUAAACAGUGACCCUGGGCUAAUGACACCGCAGCACGAGUCGAAGGAUAAGAAAUUGAAAUUUUUCGCCUCAGGAACAGUAGCCAUGGAUGUUAAUCUUGAAAAGACAGGUUUCUUCCAAGGAGAAGGAUUAAAGGUGCUCGCCUGCAUUGAGAACAACUCGUCUCGCGCGGUCAAGCCCAAGUAUUGCGUUUACAGAAAGCACAGCUUCUUUGCAGAAGGGAAUAGGAAAGUGUGUACUAAAGACCUCUUUAAAGAGGUGGGAGAGCCCAUCUCUCCUUCUGCUAACAAAGAUGUCAUACAAGUCCUCCCCAUCCCCCUUGAUGUGGAGCCAUCCAUCCUCAACUGCAGCAUCAUCAAAGCAGAGUACAGACUCAGGGUCUACCUCGAUAUCAAAUAUGCUUUAGACCCAAAGAUCAAAUUCCCCAUCGUCAUCCUGCCGGCCGCUCAGGUUCCUGCUGUGAUGGCACCGCCACCUGCUGCUUCUGACUUCGGAUUUGAACCAUUUGGGAGCGCAAACCCACCAGCCUGGGGCAUAGUACCACCACAACCACCAGCAGCACCCCAACCUUCGGCUCCCCAACCUUCGGAUCCCCCACCUGCCUAUGGAGCAUACGGAAUGUACCCUCCUUUAAUGGAUUUUGGUAACAAAUAUCAGUGACUGGGAAUGUGAUGAUACGUGAACAUUUUAAAGGAAAUAAAGAGAAACCAGAAAUGACAGUUACUGCUUUUAUUUCAUUGUCAACCUAUAGUACAUCAUUUUCACUAGUGUUGCAUUUUGUUUAUGACUUCCAGUAUAUUUUAAGUGCUAUACAAUGUACUGCUGUUACAUCAUUAAAAAAGGACUAAUAUUCA